AUGCACCACCAUCGCUAUUCGCAGCUCGUGGCGCGUGACGAGGGAGACGAUGCGCCGGCUCCAGCUUGCGAGGGCACAUCGGCCAGCACAAGCCACUGGGACUUGCGAAUUGCCUCCGUCUUUGUCAUCCUUGCCGGUUCAGCACUAGGCGCACUCUUACCGAUAUGGCUGGCGCGAACCUCGCGGAUGCGCGUACCCAAGCUUUGCUUCUUCGUGGCCAAGUAUUUUGGAUCUGGCGUGAUCUUGGCGACAGCAUGGAUGCAUCUUCUUUCUCCGGCUUCCGAUAACCUGCGCGACGAGUGCCUGUCGGACAUAUUGCCCGAUUACGACUGGGCAAUGUUUAUUGGCCUUAUGACGGUCAUGGCAAUGUUCCUGCUAGAACUUGUUGUCGCGCGCUUCGACUUUGGGUUUGGUUCCGCUCAUGCCCAUGCCCAUGGCCACGGCCAUGAUCACGUUGAGAAGGAGUCUGGUGACUCCGCCAUGGGAUCUCCCAGCGGCCAGAACCCCCGAGACAUCGAGGCGGGUGGCUCGAGAAGCUCGCUCAGGUCAACGUCGGGCGGGAAAGGCACGGAGAUCUCACCUGUCAAGCCUGGUGAUAAGACUCGGAUUCCGGGUCUUCGGGACGACGUUAGCUACCCACCAGGAGGGGAAGACCACCUGGGCCAUCAAAGAGACCAUGUCGAGGGCGAUGAGCACGCCAACUAUGCUGCGCAGAUGACCGCCCUGUUCAUACUGGAAUUUGGUGUCAUCUUCCACUCCAUCUUCAUCGGCCUGACCCUUGCGGUUACUGACAAUUUCAUCAUCCUCUUCGUUGUUCUCGUCUUUCACCAGACCUUCGAAGGACUCGGACUUGGUGCCAGAUUAGCCACCGCUACCUGGCCCGCGGACAGCCGCAGGUGGACGCCCUACUUUCUCGGUGCGCUGUACGCUGUCAGCACCCCCUUCGCGAUCGGGAUAGGGCUCAUCGCAAACAAGUCGCUCGCGCUAGAAGCAGCAACAAGCAAGGUUGUCAAUGGCGUCUUCGACGCGAUCAGCGGCGGCAUCCUCAUGUACACGGGUCUCGUUGAGCUCCUGGCGCACGAGUUUAUGUUCAACCCCGAGAUGCGCAAGGCGGGCUUUAACAUGCAGCUUUUCGCGUACUCUUGUGUUGCCCUCGGCGUUGGGCUGAUGUCUCUCCUAGCUAAGUGGGCAUGA